AUGGCUACAUCUGUUGAUGCCAGUAAGAAUGGGAAUUGGAAGCGAAAAGAAUUGUGGUUUCUCGUGAUUUAUGCAAUCGUUUUCUAUGUUAUCAUUAUCAACCGUUCACUUCAACUCUCUAGUGAUUAUUACAGACAGCUAUCAGGCUUACGCCCGGGUUGGCUCUUAGCACAUCACCUCAAUGAUGUUUCAGAUGCUCAGUGGAGGAAUUUUCGAGGAAAUCUACCUGUUCUUACUCUUGUCUUUGGAAUUUUCACUCUGCUGGCCUACUUGAUGAGGGCUUUCUUUAAUUUAAGAGUUAGAGGAAUGUCCAUUGUGUGGCUUGUAUUUUCUUUGACCUACUUGUCAUAUCUUCAUGGAGCAUGGCAACAGUGGGCAUUUUUGGACAAUUACCGGGGCAGCUUUAGGUGGCACAUCUGCUUCAACUUCGUUGCUUUGCGCAUGAUAAGCUUUGCAUUUGAUUAUCACUGGACUAAUCGAGAUUCUCAUUUUGAUCAGGAGCUUGCAAUAUCAAUGUCAAAUGCACAUUUUGUCAUGGAGUUAAGCAUUAUCAGCGUUGUCAUAUUUGUAAAUCCGGAAAAUCUUGCUAUCAAGUUUUACAGGUUUGUGACUGCAAGUUAUUUUGAUGGUUUAAGCUUCAUUACUGACCUAGAUCUUCCUCAAAACACGAAUUCUGUUAGAAAUGUGACACUCAAUGGUUUUCGCUGGAUAUUGAGUUUUCUCCUUAUGGAAUUAAUGACACAUCUAUUCUACUAUAAUGCCUUUGCUAAUAGUGAUUUGUGGAAGCACUUAUCGCCUAUGGACGUGUUCAUCAUUGGAUAUGGCGUAUUAAACUUCAUGUGGCUAAAAUUUUUAUUGAUCUGGCGCUUUUUCCGGUUAUGGUCACUGAUAAACGGAAUUGAGGCUCCGGAGAAUAUGCCAAAAUGUAUUAAUAAUUGCCACAAUUUGGAAGGCUUCUGGAAAAAUUGGCAUGCUUCCUUCAACAAGUGGCUUGUGAGGUAUAUUUACAUUCCUCUUGGGGGAUCUAAGAAAAAGCUACUAAAUGUCUGGGUUAUAUUCACGUUUGUUGCAAUCUGGCAUGACUUAGAAUGGAAGCUUCUUUCAUGGGCAUGGUUGACGUGUUUAUUCUUCAUCCCUGAGUUAGUCUUUAAAUCAGCAGCAAAAGCCUUUCAGGCUCAAAGUUCUUUUGGAGCAUGCAUAUUUCGUGAACUCAGUGCUGUUGCUGGGGCAGUCACAAUUACUUGCCUCAUGGUGGCUAAUCUGGUUGGAUUUGUGGUUGGACCAAGCGGCAUUAACUGGUUGCUUUCUUCUUUCCUUCACAAGGAAGGGUUGCCUGUCCUUGGCGGCAUGCUUAUGACAUUUUACGUUGGAACAAAGAUUAUGUUCCACAUUGAUGAGGCAAAGCAGCAAAGUGUUUUAGGAGUUUCAAAUCCAUUACAGAACCAUGUGCUUGACUUGGCGAUAUCUUCGGGUGACUUUCUUUUUAUUGAAAGAUUUCCUGAUGAAUUUGUACAUCAAGUUGAGAGCCGUGUCUUCUAA